GACAAAACAACAAAAUAAACAAGCAGGUUUCUCUUUUGUCAUUGCGCUUUUUGGGCUUUUUUGAAUUAAAACCUGUUUGUGAGGAGAAAUAUCCGAUUAUUAAUACUUUUCUAUAUUUACCUACGUAAUCCUCUUGAAGAAAAAGGCAAAUGGCAAACGAUACAAUCUUUUAGUAAAGUUUGGCCCCCAAACACAAACCAAAAUGCGAAGAAAACGCUUUCUCCUGGUAUUUUCGACGCUUCUUUUGAUCCUGGGCUAUGUGUUAUUCUGGCGCCACUCCGAGGAGGAGUCUCACGUCGAAAUAGCAGCAGAUGGACAAGACUUUGCAAACUUGGUCAAAGACGACGACUUUCCGGACAUUCCGAACACAACUUUGACGCCGACGACCACGGAAGAACAUCAUCCAGGCCUUCCACAAGCCUUGGAAAUUUUCAUUAUCAUGACCAAUAUGAAGACUCGAAGCAAUUUAGGACCCAAUUUCCACCGCUUCUUCACUUCUCUGACUGAGUUUGCAUCAAAACCGAUAAACCUGCACAUCAUUUGCGACCAAGACUCAAAAAAAUACCUGACUAGUUACUCAAAUUCGACUGAUUUUUUCCAAUCAAAAGUUCCUAUCAAGCUUCUUUACUACAAUGCAAAAGAAUCUUUUGAAAAGGCUCGGGACGUUGUUAUGGCAAUGAAGCCUCACUUCAGCAGCGCCUCCGGUAGUUACUACAGUGACGAUUUGUUUUUUCUCUCUCUCGGCCUUCAUCAAAUUUCUUCACUCAACCAAGUUUUGCUGCUGGACAUCGACAUCCAGUUUCGGGCUGAUGUGGUCUUGCUUUUCCAAUUUUUUGAGCUUUUCAACGACGAUCAGAUGUUCGGACUGGCCCCUGAACUCUCACCUGUCUACAAACACGUCCUUUACAAAUACCUGAACAAGUUGAAGGAAAAUCCACAAAAGAUUGGAGAACCUGAUAUUGAAGAUGGUUACUCCGGCUUCAACAGCGGGGUCGUUUUACUCGACUUGGAGAAAAUGCGCCUCUCUGCGUUUUAUGAAACUCUCGUGUCGACCGACAGUGUCAACGAGUUGUCCGUUGAGUUCGAAUUCAAAGGCCAUUUGGGCGACCAAGACUUUUUCACAUUGAUGGGGAUCAAGAGUCCAGAGCUGAUUUUCAAAUUGCCCUGUGCGUGGAACAGACAAAUGUGUCAGUGGUGGCGCGAGCACGGUUAUGCCGACGUUUUCGACCGGUACUUUGCUUGCGAGGGAAAAGUGAAAAUUUAUCACGCAAACUGCAAUUCAAGCAUUCCACAGAAAUGAAUUUUUCAUUUUCUUGCAAGAAACACAGUGUUAAAUGUGUUGUGAUAUAUUAUAUUGCAUUUUCUACAGACUUUAUUGACUGCUGUCAAUUAUUUGAGAUUAACUGUUCGGAGAAUCUCAUUUACAAAGUUUAAUAUUUUUAACUUCUGCAUAAUUAAGUUUUAAAUCUAGUCGAGGUGAAGAGAGUGUAAUUAAAAAUGUGCAAUUUUAGUGAUCGUCAAUUUUAUUAUAUAUCCAACGAGUGACUAUUUAUUUACAAAAUGUGCAGCGAAAAGUGCAAAAAUGACUUGUAUACCUGGAGAUCAUGGUGCCAACUAAUGAUAUAAAUUAAGACAAAAUAUCAGUUCUUAAUUAUUUUGUUACAAGAUUAAAAUUACAAAUUAACAACACAAACGUUUUGUUCCACAAUUAUAUCCACUAGACUAGUUUUGUUAAAUUAUUUCAUACAAAUUUGGUUUACUUAGCUGAUGACUGACAAAAAAUAACCAUACUAAAUAGUGACUUUUUUGCAGAUUAAAUUAAUUAACAUUUCCCUGUCUGACUUCUUCUUAAUUUGUUGACGAAAUUCAAAGACGACCAACUGAGAUCUCUGGAACACAGCCCAUCCUGAUUUUCUUCUACAAUAUUAAUUUUAGCCAGCGUUUCUGAAACAAAUACACACACAAAUUUAAAUUUAUCAUUCAAGUUGGCGUUAUUUGUAACAUUUUUUUUAUUUAAAUUGCUUCAAUAUUUAAAUUUUUAUGAUAUUUUAUAUGAUGUCCAAAAUAAUAGUCAAAAUAUAAAUUUUUAGGUGAGAUUAUAAAA